AAGAGAACCGGCAAUUUUUCAAACCGUUGGUUGGUGUCACUAUGAGUUCGCUCCCGGUUCUGAAUUAACCCACUUCACACAUUAAUGUUUCGUCAUUACACUUUUUGCCAGUCCUAUGGUUGUCUCGAUCUUACCCAGAACCGGUCUGAAGGAGGAUGCCACGAAUCACCGUUUCAAUCCUCUAAGCACCGUUCCACACCAAACCUAUUAGCCCUAUCUGGAAGUCAGAUGGAGAGGAUUCAGAUCAUAUCUGAGUUCUAUGAUGGCGAAGAAGUACUUGUAAGUGAUCUGAAAACUGUCAUUAAGGUGUACAAAUAUCCAUUAGAAAAAUUGGGUAUACUUACCUCAACGGAAAUAAAUCAUCUGUUCUAUUCAAUUGAAGCUAUUAUACCAGUUUUUGAAGGAUUAGCAAAUAGUCUUUCAUCAGAAGUGAAUAAAUAUCUCAGCAUACCAUACAUAGGAAUGAUCUUAUAUCUGUGGUUAGGUCUUGAAGUAAUAGCAAAGCCACAACAUGAUUACCUUAAUUAUGGACGUAAAUGUUAUUCAUAUCCAACACAGAAUUAUGUUAAUUCUAUUUGUGAGAAUUACAUCGAGAUAAUGCCUUCAUCAAUAAAACUUCUCUUGGAUUAUUCAGCCCACUUAUAUGAAGCACGUAAAUAUUUUGAAGCGUUACGCGAACAAAAGCCUGCUUUUACUGAUUUUCUUUCACGUUGUUCACAUACACAUUUCAGUAAACGUUUGGAUUUGUGGCAUUUGUUGGAAUGUCCCAAAAGCAGACUGACUAGGUAUCCUUUAUUACUGAAUCGACUGAUCGAAUUGACACCUUCAACCGAUCCAGAACUCAGUCAUUUACUCGUUGUCCGGUCUGCAUUCACCUUUAUAAUUGACGAGUUAAACCGUCGAGUUGGUGAAGCUAUGCGCAAUUUGUACUUAAACUGUAUAAGAUUCCAUGGCAAUUUAGAGUUACAGUACAAAGAUAUGGUAUAUCAUCAAAAAUCACUGUUAUUGAAAGGCAAUCUGCAUACUGAUAUCGGGGAAGUAACCGUUUUUGUUUUUCCUCAAUUAAUGCUUAUAACAAUAAGUUCUGAACCCGAUAAUAAUGGUCGAUUAAUAUCACGUUGCUAUUAUCGUAAAUUAUCACGUCAAAUCACCAAGCCGCAUGUUACUACUUCAUCUAAAAGCUCACCAACUUCACUUGUCUCUCCACUACCGUCUAUAAUAUCCUCUGCGAGUACACGAGUUUAUGGUCAUCGAUGGUCUUUGUUAUCCAUUUUAAGGAAUCGUUCACCAUCUGAUUUGGGAAAUGUUACACAUAUAUCGUUUAACUCAGGAAAUCGACCUUCCAAGUAUGCACGAUUAUUUCGAUGUUUGUCAUCAGUUAUGGCAUCGUCGACAAAGUUGGACAUUUCCAAACCUACAGUAACAACGUCUUUCACACCAGCCGAUGAAACUGUCAGUCUUGAACGAUUUCGUAUUUGCUAUCCGCCUUUAAUAUUAAAAGAUUAUAUUUUGGAAGAUAUAACUGAUGAUAGUAUUCCUUCAUCUAUAUUGAAAUUUCCUUUUUCCACAGAAAAAGCUCAUCAAAAUUUAUUCAAACUCGCUCCUUAUGAACAUAGUGUAAAACGAAAAUCUGGAAGAACUUCAGCCAAGCAAUCAGAUUUAUUGCACUCAUACGAAAAGAUUAUAUCAAGAUCAUCUCGUGAAGUAAAAUGGUUUUCUUCGUCAUCAUUGAUUAGUAAUAGAACUUCAUCAUUGUUACGAAAAUCUCAAAAAACAAUAUCCAGAGAGAUUCUAUUUCAAGCAUCCAGUUUGCAGGAUAAAAAAUUUUGGAUAACUACACUGACACCACUUGUUCACAGUUAUUAUCAAAGUGAAUCAUGCGACGACUUGAUUUUAGCUUAAUUUCGAAGAGAUGAGAAUCGUUUCACUGGUUAUUAAUUUUUUCUUUUUAUUUUAGUAUUUUGUAUUGUCGUUUAAUCAUCGCCACUUUAUAUACUGAGUAUAGUAUUCGUGAAAUGUUAUUCCCGUUUAUUUUUUUAUUUUCUAUUUUUGUGCAAUCGGUCCUCUCUCGCGCUCACCCACACUUUAUUCCUUUCAAAAAUGGGACAUAAUACUGAUUCUCUUUGUCUUCAGUGAUUUUCUUCUUAGUAGUGUGUACGCACAGUCUUUUUGUUUAAAAUACGAAAUACAAUCAACGUGUUUAUCUUUCGCUCAAAAAAGCUAAUUAAUAUGUCAAUCAUAUCAUUUCUGUUAUAGUCUUUCAUAUUCUUAAAUGCAGGUAUGAUUUCACUUUAUCUAUUCAUCAAUUUUAAUAAUUCAAAAUUUUCUAAUACAACACUAUCGUUAUUAUUAUUCGUAAUAAUAUGCUUCGUAAUUUCUACUUCACUCAUUUUCUUAAUUAUCCUCAGUUUGUUGGUGAAAGAUGUGGUGAAGGCGAUGAAAUC